UAUGACACGAACAUAUUUAACAAUGGAAGCUAGAGAAAACGGUAUCUUGUAACCAAGUUGCACAUGUUUAGCAUAUGAUGGUUCCAAAGAUUCCUAUGUACAAUCCGACACACUCGAGUUUUGAGUGUUCUCCAUUAACCACUUACUUAUCUCUUUCCAAGUCCUAACACUAACCCAAACUGUUACCUUUUCUUUUUUAUUCUAUUUGUGAAGAUUAUUAUUGGUUUGGUGCUUUGUUAUGUUACCCAUGGCUUCCCAUGUUGCUUUUCCUCAUGCUUCUCCUCUUUCUCUCUCUAUUCCCAACAAACGAUUCAGUUACAAACAGCUUCACAUAAAUGGAAUCAAAUCCAUCACUACUUUCUCUUCAUCUUCUUAUUAUUCUUCUUCUUGUUGGUGCUUCCGUUCACUUUCUACACAAAGAGGGUAUUGUUUACCUGUGAUUGCAUGUUCCUCUUCCAAUGGAAGGAGCCCUAAUAGUUCUAAGGACGAUGAUGGUGUCAAGAGUGUUGAGAAGCUUCUUGAGGAGAAAAGAAGAGCUGAAUUGUCUGCUAGGAUUGCCUCAGGUGAAUUCACAGUGAAGCAGCAAUCUGGUUUAAGUUCUAUGUUGAAGAAGAGCUUGUUAAAGGUGGGGUUGCCCAAAGAGGUUGUGGGGUUUUUGCUCGGUUGGGCGGCAGGGGAAGGUGAUUACCCCGAAAUUCCGGAGGCAAAAGGAUCUGUCAAGGCUAUUAGAAGUGAGGCAUUCUUCAUUCCAUUGUAUGAACUUUACCUCACAUACGGUGGAAUUUUCAGGUUGACUUUUGGACCAAAGUCCUUUUUGAUUGUAUCUGAUCCGUCUAUAGCAAAACACAUCUUGAGAGACAAUUCAAAGGCUUAUUCGAAGGGUAUCUUGGCUGAGAUCCUAGAGUUUGUAAUGGGGACAGGGCUCAUCCCGGCUGAUGGGGAAGUGUGGCGAGUUCGACGACGAGCUAUAGUCCCAGCAUUGCAUCUGAAGUACGUAGUGGCGAUGAUUAGCCUUUUUGGACAAGCCACAGAUAGGCUCUGCAAGAAGCUAGAUGAUGCUGCAUCUGAUGGGGAAGAUGUUGAGAUGGAAUCACUUUUCUCUCGAUUGACCUUGGACAUCAUUGGAAAGGCAGUAUUCAAUUAUGAUUUCGACAGUUUAACAAAUGAUACCGGUAUAGUUGAGGCUGUAUAUACUGUACUGAGAGAAGCAGAAGAUCGAAGCGUUUCUCCGAUUCCAGUAUGGGAGAUCCCAAUAUGGAAAGACAUAUCACCGCGUCAAAGGAAGGUUUCUGCUGCUCUCAAAUUGAUCAAUGAUACACUUAAUGAGCUGGUAGCAAUAUGCAAGAGAAUGGUGGACGAAGAAGAGUUACAGUUUCACGAGGAGUACAUGAAUGAGCAAGAUCCAAGUAUUCUGCAUUUCUUGUUGGCAUCAGGAGAUGAUGUGUCGAGUAAGCAACUCCGCGAUGAUUUAAUGACAAUGCUCAUUGCUGGACAUGAAACUUCAGCUGCUGUUUUAACUUGGACCUUCCAUCUUCUAUCAAAGGUAUAAUUUGUGGUCUCACUGCUGCAUUAUACACUCGCACACGUUGACUCUGUACUAGGGGAUCGAUUUCCAACUAUCGAAGACAUGAAGAAACUCCGAUAUACAACCCGAGUGAUCAAUGAGUCAAUGAGGCUUUACCCUCAACCACCAGUGUUGAUCCGUCGCUCUCUUGAGAAUGAUAUGCUCGGCGAGUAUCCUAUAAAAAGAGGUGAAGAUAUCUUUAUAUCUGUCUGGAACCUGCAUCGUAGUCCAAACCUAUGGGAUGAUGCUGAUAAGUUUCAACCGGAAAGAUGGCCAGUAGAUGGACCUAACCCCAAUGAGACAAAUCAAAACUUCAAGUAUCUUCCAUUUGGGGGAGGACCGCGGAAAUGUGUUGGUGAUUUGUUUGCUUCAUAUGAGACCAUAGUAGCACUUGCAAUGCUUGUUAGACGGUUCAACUUUCAAAUGGCAGUUGGAGCCCCACCAGUUGAGAUGACUACUGGAGCAACAAUUCAUACAACACAGGGGUUGAAGAUGACAGUUACACGCAGAAUAAAACCUCCAAUUGUGCCCUCGUUACAAAUGUCAACCAUGGAAAUUGAUCCAUCCAUGAGGAAAGAUGACACAAGUCAGAAAGGCGAAGUUUAUCAGGCUCAGUCCUAAAUCUUUGAAGUUGUGAAAUCAAUUAUGUAUAGUUCUUUUGCUAUCUUCCAUCCAUUUUUUUAUGCAUGUAAUGAGAUUGGAACACAGCAAUCUUUCACAUCGUCAUAACUUCUAAAAAAGUUUACCUGAAUUCACAAACUAUAAAUUCAUCUAUAGAAA